GAUUUUUUUUUCCACCACAGAAGAAGAACAACAAUGCAGCGCGACAAGACGGGAAGCUCGGCGGUGGCCGGCGAUAAACCGGACCGUGAGACCGCCAUUAUGUCCAAAUAUUACGAUGGCGUCGAGUUUCCUUUCUGCGACGAGUUUUCUAAAUACGAGAAGCUCGCCAAGAUCGGUCAAGGCACCUUCGGGGAGGUGUUCAAGGCCAAACAUAGACAGACUGAAAAGAAAGUCGCACUGAAGAAGGUGCUUAUGGAAAAUGAGAAAGAAGGGUUUCCUAUCACUGCACUGAGAGAAAUCAAGAUCCUGCAGCUGUUGAAACAUGAGAACGUCGUAAACCUGAUUGAGAUCUGUCGAACAAAAGCUACCCAGUUUAAUCGGUACAAGGGCAGCAUAUAUCUGGUGUUUGAUUUCUGCGAGCACGAUCUGGCUGGACUGCUAAGCAAUGCCAACGUUAAGUUCACGCUGUCAGAGAUUAAGAAGGUCAUGCAAAUGCUGCUGAACGGACUCUACUACAUUCACAGAAACAAGAUCCUGCACAGAGACAUGAAGGCAGCAAAUGUGCUGAUCACAAGGGAUGGUGUGCUGAAACUCGCUGAUUUCGGCCUGGCAAGAGCCUUUAGCCUGGCGAAGAACAGCCAGGGCAAUCGCUACACCAACCGCGUAGUGACGCUGUGGUACCGACCUCCAGAGCUCCUCCUUGGAGAGCGUGACUACGGGCCACCCAUCGAUCUUUGGGGUGCAGGGUGUAUCAUGGCUGAAAUGUGGACCAGAAGCCCCAUCAUGCAGGGAAACACAGAACAGCACCAACUCACUUUGAUCAGCCAGCUGUGUGGAUCCAUUACUGCUGAAGUGUGGCCUGGUGUGGAUAAAAAAUACGAGUUGUACCAGAAGAUGGAGUUACCCAAAGGACAGAAGCGGAAAGUAAAGGAGCGCCUGAAGGCGUAUGUUAAAGACCCGUAUGCUCUGGAUCUGAUCGAUAAGUUGCUGGUGCUUGACCCUGCGCAGCGUGUUGACAGUGAUGAUGCUCUUAACCAUGACUUCUUCUGGUCUGACCCCAUGCCCUCUGACCUCAAACAUAUGCUCUCCACACACAACACGUCCAUGUUCGAAUACCUUGCCCCCCCUCGACGACGCGGUCAUAUGCCUCAACAGCCAGCCAAUCAAAACCGCAACCCAGCUACAACCAGCCAGUCUGAAUUCGACCGUGUUUUCUGAUUCCUCUGAUGUUAAUCACACUAUUUCUCACUCGUGAUAUAGAAAAGGGAACAUGUUUUUGAGAUUAAACUAAGAAGAGCGAAGUGAGUUUGACUAUCGGAUGUUAAAUGAGUCAAAAAACAAAGACCAAUGGCAUCUGUUUCACUUUUAAUCUACUCUCAGUUUGUCUCUAGACGUAACACUUUGUUACAACUAUGUUCAUACAGAUGCAGCCAUGGGGCCGGAAAUAAUCUGGUAGAUCUCGGGCCACCCCAUGUUUAACCAAAUGUUAAUUUUGGACUAUGCUGGAUUCAAACACAGCUCAGAGGUCAGGUUUGCUGUAACUGUAUGUUAGCUGAAGUGGGACCAGCAUUUUAUUGGGAGUGAGUUGCAUGUUAAGUAAGGAAAGAUGAAAAUGAGUCGUUAAAUUUUUUAAUUCUUAAAUUUCAGUUACAGUUUUCCUGUUUUCUAAAUAGUGAAAUUUGCCUUGUAUUAUUUUAGUUUAACAGUGUUUUGAAUUCAUUUAGCUAAUUUUAAUGUAGUUUGCACCAUCUGAUAUGUUAAUGUUUAAACUUUAUUGUUUAUUUAAAAAAAUAUUUUUGUGUGUGAUUUGAGGUAAUUGACCUGAAAGACCAAUAAACCUCUGAGCUUUUUACUGCA